CCUAGGCGCUUCAUUGCUUCCCUUCAUCUCUAUCCAUCUUCAUCCUUCUCUCUCUCUCUCUCUCCCUUCCUAUUUCCUCUUCGGAAAAGUACAGCGAACGGCGUGCUCUCCGAACGCGCUAGUGACAUUAUCGAGCCCUUGUAUCGCGGGUUGCGGAGUGAAGUGCUAUAUGCGAGAUCGAGUGACAGAUCCCUCCACUUCACGCGCGUGCUGUUAAACAUUGUUAGCAUAGUUGGCUCGGCUUUCGAAGUGCUACCAGAAGCGUAAGAGUGAAAGAGAGAGUAAAAAACAGGUAGUUCCAGCGAUCAGUGAAAAAUAUGAAUUCCAACGCCGUCGCACUGCUGCUGUUCGUGGCAUUGGCCGUCUGCAUCGGGGACAGUGCCGAAAUUCCGCCCCUACCGGUACAGGACGACCAAACGGCCGGCGCAUCGUCAGCGGAACCGGAAGAAUCUUAUCUAGGUGUAAAGCUGUACAAAAUGGAGAGACCGUGCGCAAUGCUGGGUGGGAUGUGCGUGCAGACGAGCGAGUGCAAGCAGCGGCCAGCAAACAGUGGACUGUGUCCGGAAAAUACCCACCUGGGCGUUGAUUGCUGCUACGAAGUAAAACCCGCGAGCAACCUCACCUGCCACGAGUACCGCGGCGCUUGUAUGGAGCGAUGCGCCGCAGGGCUACAGCGCCCGUCCACCGAUUGUACCGAUGGGAGCAAGUGCUGCGUGCUGGUCGUAUAAGGCUUUUGUUGUUUGCUGUCAAACCAUAGAAUGGUUCGUAUUUUUACUCGAUACCUCCCGAAAGAACAGAGAGAAAAGAAAGAGAAGUAUAAAACAAUGGGCCACCUCUGUUCUCGGGGUGGAUUUUUGGGUAAAAAUCGAACCAAUUCCAAAUUGUAUCUCGUUGACCUCGUAGAGCAAGCGGCUAGCGUUGUGAGCAGUAAAUCAUAUCAAUCAGAAGCUAUUUAAAUAAACGAUUCGUAAGUAAAGCACAA